CAAGAAAAUGAAGACCGAUUUUAAGUUUUCUAAUUUAUGUGGAACAGUAUAUACCCAAGGAAAUUUAUUGUUUACUUCUGAUGGAAAUUCAUUAUUAAGUCCGGUUGGAAACCGUGUUUCGAUGUUUGAUCUUUUAAACAAUAAAUCCCUUACUUUUCCAUUUGAAAGUAAAAAAAACAUCAAACGAAUAGCCUUGUCUCCAAAUGCUAAUUUGUUGCUUACAGUUGAUGAAGAUGGAAGAGUACUUUUAAUUAAUUUUCAUCGUCGCGUAGUGUUACACUAUUUCAAUUUCAAAUCGCCAGCUGAAGAUGUCCAAUUCAGUAAUGAUGGCAAAUAUUUCGCUGUUGCUCUUGGAAAGCAUAUUCAAGUUUGGAAAUCUCCAGGAUUUAAUCGUGAAUUUGCUCCAUUCGUAUUACAUCGAAAGUAUACAGGUCAUUUUGAUGAUGUCACAUCUAUAACUUGGACGAGCGAUUCUCGAUUUUUUAUUUCCACUUCAAAAGACAUGACUGCAAGAAUUUAUUCUCUUCAUCCCAUAGAAGGAUUCACACCAAUUACGUUAGCAGGACACAGAAAUUACGUAAUUGGUGCAUAUUUUUCUUCUGAUCAGGAAACAAUUUAUACUGUCAGUAAAGACGGUGCAUUAUUUAUUUGGAAAUACAAAGCAUUUAAUGAAAUAAAAAGGGAGGAGGAUGAGGAUGAUGAAAUGGAUAUUGAUAAAAAAGAAGACGUUCAACUAGCAAAGAAAUGGGUGAUAGUUUCGCGCCAUUAUUUUAAUCAAUCUAGUGCAAAAGUUGUUUGUUCUGCUUACCACGCAGCGUCAAAAUUACUAGUUAUUGGUUUUUCAUCUGGAAUUUUUGGAAUUUGGGAAAUGCCAGAAUUUAACAAUAUUCAUACUUUGAGUAUUUCACAAAAAAGGAUUGAUUCUGUGACAAUUAAUGCUACUGGAGAAUGGCUAGCAUUCGGAUCUUCGAAAUUAGGACAGCUUCUAGUUUGGGAAUGGCAAUCUGAAUCAUAUGUUCUUAAGCAACAAGGACAUUAUUAUGAUAUGAAUACCUUAUCAUAUUCAGCAGAUGGUCAGAAUAUUGCGACUGGAGGUGAUGAUGGAAAAGUUAAGGUGUGGAAUACUGUAUCUGGAUUUUGUUUUGUCACGUUUUCUGAACACUCUUCAGGUGUGUCGGUGGUGGAAUUCGCGAAAAACGGACAAGUGUUAUUUUCUGCAUCUUUAGAUGGAACUGUUAGAGCAUUCGAUUUAAUCCGUUAUAGGAAUUUUAGAACCUUUACAUCACCUUCACCGGUCCAAUUUACUGCAUUGGCAGUUGACCCCAGUGGAGAAAUUGUAUGUGCCGGUUCAAUGGAUACCUUUGAAAUUUUUGUUUGGUCAGUCCAAACCGGUAAACUUUUAGAUGUGUUAGCAGGCCAUGAAGGACCAAUAAGUUCUUUAGCUUUUAGUCCGUCUGGUAUUGAAUUAGCUUCUGGCUCAUGGGAUGGUACGACACGUACAUGGGAUGUAUUUAAUCGUGGAAAACAUGUUGAAAUAUUUCGCCAUAAUUCAGAUGUAUUAGCUAUAGUUUAUCGUCCUGAUGGAAAACAAUUAGCAACUUCUACAUUAGAUGGUCAAAUUAUUUUUUGGGAUGUUGAAAAUGGUAUUCAAACUGGUACUAUUGAAGGUCGUAAAGAUAUUUCUGGAGGUAGGAGAGCCAAUGAUAGAACCACAGCUGCGAAUUCUUCUUCAGGAAAAUCAUUCAAUAGUUUAUGUUAUACGGCUGAUGGAUCAUGUAUAUUAGCAGGAGGAAAUAGCAAAUAUGUUUGCCUUUAUGAUGCGAAAAGUCAAUUGCUUUUAAAAAAAUUUCAAAUCUCUCAUAAUUUAUCUCUAGAUGGAAUACAGGAAUUUUUAAAUAGUAAAAAUAUAACAGAAGCUGGUCCACUUGAUUUAAUAGAUGAAACGGGAGAAUUAAGCGAUUUAGAAGAUAGGUUAGAUAAUAGUCUACCAGGGACACAGAAAGGAGAUCUUUCAAUACGUAAAACACGCCCAGAAAUUCGUACAAAAUCUAUAAAAUUUUCACCAACAGGACAAUCAUGGUCAGCAGCAUCAACAGAAGGUUUAUUAAUUUAUUCAUUAGAUGAAAACUUGUUAUUUGAUCCAUUUGAAUUAGAAAUUGAUAUAACACCUAAAAGUAUAUUAGAAACUUUACGUUCAGAGGAAUAUCUUAAAGCACUUAUUAUGUCAUUUAGACUUAAUGAAUUAUAUUUAAUUCAUCAAGUUUAUGAAAAAAUUUCACCUGAAAAUAUCGAAUUAAUAGUAAAAGAUUUUCCAGAAAAAUAUAUAGAAAAAUUAUUAAAAUUUAUUGCUAGUAACAUUGAAGAAUCUCCUCAUGUUGAAUUUCAUUUAUUAUGGAUAAUGAAAUUAUUAGCUAUACAUGGAAAAUAUUUAAGACAAUAUUCCAAUCAAUUUUCGAGUAUAUUGCGAUUUUUACAAAAAGCUAUUGGAAAAACUCUAGAGGAUUUGGCUAAAAUAUGCGAUGAAAAUAUAUACACAAUUGAAUAUCUCAUAUCUUUAAAAGAUCAAUAAAAAAAUGGGCGAAUAUUUAUUGUCAUACGAUUUUCCUUUAAAAGUAUAAUCAUAAAAUUUUAUUAUUUAGUAUCGAAAUUUGCUAGUGCUAAUUUCAAAUUAUUCAAUAUUGGUGCGUC